AUGACAGCUUUCUAACUUAUAUAAAUCAUUAAAGAUAUUCAUGAUAAAGGAUACUUACAUAGAGAUAUAAAAUUAGAAAAUAUAGUAGUAGGAGUAGGUAAAAAUAGAAACAAAUUAUACAUUAUUGAUUUCGGGACAGCUAAAAAGUAUAUAAAUUCAGAAAACUAACAUAUUCCAUUUAAGUAAAAUUUACCGUUUGUAGGUACAUAUAGAUAUGCACCAAAAUCAAUUCAUUUUGGGCAUGAAUAAGGCCGAAAAGAUGAUUUAUAAAGUAUUGGGUAUGUACUAAUUUAUUUAUUAAUUGGUAGAUUACCUUGGUAAGAUUUAAAUUUGGGUGAAAGUUAUGGAAAUGAAU